AUACACACACAGAUGCAGAAAGUGAAAGAAAGUGUCAAUGGAGGUCAUGCAUUGCAUUUUUGUGCAUUUUUUUAUCAAUUAAAUUUACCAAGAAACUCUCUAUUGACAAAAAGUCUAAUGAAUUUUGCUUUGGUGAUGUGUUUAAUACAACAGGAUUUUCAUCGAAAACUUAAGUAAUGGCAGAUCAAUUUUGUUUACGUUGGAAUAAUUUCCAAACAAAUAUCGUGAGUGCCUUGGAUUCCUUGAAAUGUUCGGAAGAUUUGGUCGAUGUUACUCUCACUUGCGAGGGCAGAAACAUCAAGGCCCACAAAGUCAUACUGUCCGCGUGCAGCCCGUACUUCAGGAAUGUGUUCAAGGAAAAUCCAUGUCAACAUCCAGUAAUAAUACUAAAAGACGUAUCUGCAGAUGAUAUAGUGAGUUUGUUGUCAUACAUGUAUCAAGGUGAAGUGUUCAUAGAAGAGAGUAAACUGUCAUCAUUCUUGCAUACAGCAGCUUUGUUACAAGUCAAGGGGCUCACUGGUGUGACACAACAGAAGGAGAAUUUCAUAUCACCGAAUACAUCAAAUAAAUUGUAUACACAACUAACAAUUUCCUCUAAGUCACAUUCAGCUGGACAUAAGGAAACAAAACUACCGGCUUUGAAAAAGAGAAGAAGCAGCACUUCUGAUAAACCUAAUGAUGUGACAGUUGGAGAUGGCACACAUAAAAAGAAUAAAACAUUAGAAAAUUGUGAUAUUCAUACUAAAAAUAAUAUUUCUCAAUUGAACAAAUCAGAGAGUUCAGUAUUUGUACCUGAAAAUAAUAUAGACAAAAAGGUGGAUGGAAAGCAAAAUGAAAUACAAACAAUAACUGCGAAUGGAAAGACUACAUUGUCUCAGGUUAAUGCUCACACAGACAAUAUUCCUGUGAUUGUCAAAACGGAGAGGCUUGAUGAUGAGGAGUCUCCAGCCAUCUUACCUCCAGUGAAUUCUGACGAUGAUGGACAUCCAGAUUAUGAAAACAGUAUGCUUGCCAGAUCUCUACUAUCAGGAAUAAACCCAUCAAAAGGAGAUGUCAGUGCCAAUAACUCUUCCACAAAGAAAGCAUGCAUUGUGGUUUCUGAAACACUCUGUGCCAGAUCAAAAGAAGUCAAUACUGAUACUGUGACCUUCACUAAUGCCGUUGCUAAAAGUCCACUUAAGAAUACGAGUACAGAUGACAUUUUAGUUAAACCUGAAAAACAGUCGCCAAAAUCUGACAUGGAAUAUGAACCAGAGGUUUUAUUGUCGGAACAACAAGAUACCGAUUCUGAUAACACAUAUACAACAGAGCAAUCUCAAACACUUUUAUUAUUGGCCAGUAUGUCUAAUGUUCCUGUCUUGGGAGGUGCUUCGACAUCUCAAGGAGUGUCACAUCAGUCUAACCAUGCUGCUAUAUGCGGGGACUGUCCUCAUUGUGGAAUGAAAUAUUCCAAUCAAUCGGCGCUCAAGUAUCACGUGCGCUUGAUGCAUUCUGAUUUAACUAACAGGCUGUGUUGUUAUCUUUGUCCAAGGUCGUUCACUAUGCGAGAGACAUUUAAGGAGCAUAUGUGGACAAGUCAUGGUCAAAGAAAUUAAUAAGGAGAAAAUUUUUCAAUUGUGCCUUAGUUUCCUUCCUGGUCGAUUUGUGAGGGGAAUGUGUUUUACGCCUGAUUUACAAGUCGUGUGUCAAGCAAGAAAAAUCUUUAAAAUGCCCUUUUCAAGAGUUUAUUGCUUGAUUGAGAGGGCAAUGACAAUUAGUUGCUUUCAACAGUCUUAUCACAAAUUGUUCCUUUUGUGACAUGGUUAUUGCAAAGUUUAAAUUAAGUUUGGUGUUCACUUAUGUGGAAUCCAAAGACCCAUUUAAGACCAAAAUUGGUUUUACAAAAAUGUUGUGUGAGUUUGAAAUUUUUGAUGUAGUGACUUUUAGUGUAGAAAAAUAAAUGGUGUGCCUUUAUUAUAUAUUUACAUGUUAAGAAGUUAUAAUGAUAUUAAUAGGCAUAGACAUAAAGAAUUACAUGUGGAACUGAAAUUAUGACUUCAUAAGAUGUAAUUUUCCGACCAUUAAGAAAAUUGGUAAUUAAUAAAAACGAAUCUUACUGCAAAGUAACAUAUGUAUGUUGCUGCAGUAAUUAUGUAUGUACAGAUAGUACAACAGUGUUUACAGGUGGUUUACAUAUUUAUUUAUGUUGAUGUUUAAUACUUUUAAGUUAAAAGUGUAAUUUAAGUAUAGUGUUAUUUAUAAAUAAGUCAACUAUAGGGUGCAAAGUUUAGUAUGUUACCAGAAUUGGGAGCCAUUUCUUUAACGAUUGGUGCUAGCAAAUAAAUCCAUAGAGAAUUAUUAGUGCAUAGACUGGUGAUGUUCAUGCAUAUUUUGUUGAUGUCAAUUUGUACAAGUUUUACAUGUUACCUCGCUAUAAAACGAUUUCCUUAUCUAUUAAACUAUAUGACCAAGUAAAAAGCCUAUAUGAUUCAUGAAUUUGAAUCUAUGCUGUAUGUGAAGUAAAUUUCAUAUCGGUUUAAAUUUUACCACAAGAUUUAGUUCACUUAAUCAGUAUUGUUGAAUAAAAUAUUUUUGUAAUAAAAUGUGUAUGUGUGUUAUAGUUUGCUGGUCACGGAGAGAAUAUGCUGAUGUUGCCCUCUUGCGUUGUAUAUAUUUGAAUGUUCUAUCUAUAUGGUCCAGAAGAUUUUAACUACAUAAAAAGAUAUGAAAUAUUGUCGAAUAAAAGAUGGGUUCAGAAAUGAGAUUUUUGUUAUUGUUAACAUAUUUAUAGCAGUGUAUACUUACUUGUAUAUUGAGUAUUUGGGAAGAAACAUCCAAACAGAAAGAGGCAACAUUAUGCAAUUGUUUUAUUUUGCUUUUAAUUUGGUGACCUGUGCCAAAUUGGUUUUUAUAAAUGGUAAACUAUCACAACCAUAAGUUACCACUAUUUGUAGUCUAGACUUUAAAAAUUAGUUAUUUUUGUUAGGUUAAGUAUUGCAACAUUUGUUAACUUGUAUCUACUGUUGUUAGAUUACUCCAAUGUGUCGAAUGCCAUUAGCGAAGUAUAAUGACGUCAUAGAUUUAUAAACGAGAUGAGAAGGAAUAUUAUUAGAUAGGUAUAUUUAUACAUAGAGCCUUUAGUUAAAAGAUGAAUAUUUACGUACCUAUAUAAGUUGUUGAAUAUUUUAUUCAGAAUUUUACAAAAUUUACAUUUUAAAUUAUGUUUUAAAUAAAUUUUAUGCUUCUUAAAA